AUGUUCGAGACUUAUCGACCUCAACUUGAUAAGUGGAAGCGGCUUCGGCCAAUGUCGCUCAGCACAGACAUCAAGACCGACGCCAAGACAGGAUUCAAGGGCGCACAGACAAGUAGCAGGCUCCAGAUCCCGAGUCCCGUGGACGAGCGAGCCCUGCCAUUGGACCCGAGUAAUGAAACCUACGACGCCCCAGGAACGGCUAAGCGCGAGACAGCGUUGUUUUCGUGGUUGUUGCUAGGGUGCUAUGGUGAACCAAACCGACUUGUUGCAAAUUGCAUCAGGGACAUUCGACGAUCAUUGGACCCAAUAAGGAGUCUGGAAGUCGAUGAUCACUGCCCGAAACCCACGGCAUGUGACCGGUCCUCGCCGACUCUUCGGGGGUUUCCCUGUACCGACAUCAAAAUACACCAUACGGCGCAGCAUUUCUUCUUUGACCAGCAGUUCGUCGAUAGUUUUGACCCUAGACUAUUCGCCAAUGGCCGAAAACGCGACCGGUAG